AUCAUUGGUGUGUACCAGUGUUAUAUGAGAAAGAGGCUGAAGUCCAAUGCUGAUAGGCCCAAGGUAUGUGGCCUAUGACACAGUCAGUGUGGACUCAGAUUGGGACUGAUUUCCUCUUCAAGCAGACGUGAUACAUGGUAAAGUUGAUAUUAAAGGAUGAUACUUUUCAAGAGUACAGUGAUGGCUUUCGUGGGCAUUGCCAUUUCAGCUGGAGUACUAGCUGUACAGCAGCAAGUUAAAAACCUCCAUCUUCUUUCUCCAGAAGAGCAGGAAUUGAUUCAAAAUGCUGGACAUAAAGGGUUACCCAGGGACUGUCAUGAACUGUGGGAAAUUUCUGGAGGUCAGGCACGGGAUGGUGUCUACAUAAUCAAGCCCAGAGACUCCCCUAUUGUUGCGUUCUGUGCUAUGCAGGAAGGUGGCUGGACUGUGAUCCAGCACAUCACAGUUAACAGCAGUGUGGACUUCGACCGCUCUUGGGAGGAGUAUAAGUUGGGCUUUGGAACCUUGACUGGCAACCACUGGUUGGGCAAUGAGUACAUCCAUCAGCUCACCAGUGGACCUAUUCGCUAUAAGCUGGGUAUCAAGCUAGUGGACAAAGAUGCUAUUACCAAAACAGGUGAAUAUGACCCCACACUGGUGGAAGGAGAAGAUGCACAGUACAAGUUACGUCUAGGCUUGUACCAUGGCACUGCUGCAGAUGCUCUAACUCUGGACCCAGAAAACUACCUCCAUGAUAACCAGAAAUUUACUACCAAGGACCGUGACAAUGAUAACUAUUUCCAGAACUGUGCCAAGCUAGAGUUCCAGGGAGUUGCGGGUGGGGGUUGGUGGUAUGACGCUUGUGCCGGUGCCAACCUCAACCGCCGGAACGUCAUCUAUUGGCAAAAGGACUGCAACAAGGAGCAUCUGUGUAAAUAUGCCUGGAUGAUGGUAAAGCCUUCAGAGAUGGUUAAAAUCAUACAUUCUGCAGAAUGCAAAAGGGAUGAGCUUUGAGUGAACUUAUUACAUUGAAAUCAGGGUGUGAGAGGGCUGACCAGUACAAACAAAAAGAUAUCUUUGAUCAUUUGUUUAAAGACAGGAUAAAUUUUCUCUUAUUUGAUAAAAAUUCAGGUAACUGAGAUCGACCGGGACUUAGAUAAUAUUUAUUAGAAGAUCAAUUGUGAUGUUUAAUAAAUAUCAAAUUAUUAUAAUUGUAUAGGGAGUGACAAAGUUUUGAAGUUGAUCUGUGUUUCUGCUAAUCAUAAAUACAAAGAGAUUGGUGUAAAGGGCAAAAAUGAUAUCUAAUAGUUUAUUAAUAAUAAUAAUAAUAAUAAUAAUAAUAAUAAUAAAAGAUGGAGUUACAAAAAAAGGGCAGAAAAAGAUUAAUGAAAAUACUGAAGAUCUAAGAUUUGCUAAUAGCGCAUUUAUUUUACUGUAUGUGGAGCAAUCAAUACAUUAGUCACUAUACAUAUUCUGAAAAAAAGGUCAAUGAAAACAACACUGGAAGAUCAUGUGGACUUAUAUUAGAUAUUACUUUGUUUAGAUAAAAUGUAGCAGUCUCAUCUGUACAUUCUUUAAGAUUCUAAUUAUUUUUUUGUUCAAAUCUGGUCAUGAGAACUGUACGAACUCUAAUAAAGUUUAUCUUCCA